AUAGUAUAAAAGGACCCUCCACUUUCGCACCGGCUUUAGUUCUCAGUUAUUCGUCAGUCCGUAUUGUAGUUAAAAAUAACGACAAAUUUUCGAUAUUAAAAUCGAGAAUAAAAAAAGGAAAAUCCUUGCGAGUAUAUUCCAUAACCAUUUCGUCGUGUCGUGGGUUUUCUAGCUCUGAUCUACUACAAUAUCUAGUAACAUAGUCAUGCUUAAACGAAUGGAUACACUAGUUGCUACUACUGACCGAAUUCACUUAUCAUAGUGUUGUUAAGGGUGUGUGUGUCGUUUUUUGUUGUUUUUUCUUUUUGUUGAACGAACGCGUGUUCAUCAUCUAUUUUGUGUUUUUUUGUGUAUAUGGUGGUGACAUAAUUCCCUAACACGCGAGUUCCGUUAUAUUUGAUUUGAUUUGAUUCAUUUCGCAAACCUUUCGUUACAUUUUUUUUUUUACCAAACCCCUGAUAGAUUUUUUAUUAUUUCCUUUUUUUUUGUAUUCGAUACUCCUUUUUGUAUUCUGUUCGUGCGGCUUAAGGCUUAAGUUUAACGGUCAUUCAGGAUGACGUGGUCGUGGUCGAACUCUCAUUCAAAUGUCCUUAUAGGACUUGUGCUUCUGUUAGCCUCAAUGGGAUGGUCUAAUUCAAGUGUUAUUAAUGGCCGAAAAAAUAAUAGCUUCGAUUCGGAUAGCAUGCUGCGUGACAGUAGCACAACUGUCAAAGGUGUAGUUGAUAAUAACGAUUUGAUGGGUGGUAGCUUAAAUGGCGCCCAACGUCAGCAACCACAAUAUCGUAGUGUUAUUGUUGUUGGCCAACAGCAGCAGAACAAUAUCGAAGAUGAUUCCUUGUCAUCAUCAAUGAUGAUGAAUGGUAAAGGCGCUAAAUUACACUCAUAUGUUGCGGAUUCUGAUGGUCGUGUUAUGGUAGCCUCGUCGUCGUCGUCGUUGAAUAACGGUGAUGAUGGAACAAGUAGUGAUAUUAGUGAUUCUGAUGAUAAUGGUGUUGCAAACAAUAAUAAUAAUGAUGAUGUAGGCAUUAAGGACACCAGUGACGAUAACGACGAUGAUGAUGAUAAUAUCCUUCUUCCGUUAAAUGAUCAAGUGCGUUUGUUAACAAAACAGUUGAACGCCCUAAUGACACGCCGUCGAGAGGAUUAUGAAUUAUUGGAGAAUAAUCUACGCAAAUCACUAAGGAUAACGAACAAUGCUCAGAAUAUGGAUAUGAAUAUUCGUUCUGAAUUGGAUCAACUCAGGCAUGAAAUUAAAACGUUACGUGAUAGUCAUAUUGGUGGCAAUAAAGAGAAACUCACUGUCGAAUGGAUUUCACAGUCAAUAGCUGAAAUUCGAAAAGAACUAAGCGAGCUACAGGGUGUAGCUAGCAAAGCUUCGAAAGAUGUUAGCCAACGUACGCAGAAUUUUGAAGAUUUGGCAACAAUCAAAAGUGAUUUCCACCAAUUCAAAUUGGAAUUGGAGGCACUUAAGGAGCGCCAACAAACGACUGAAGUAUUUGUUAAGGAAUUACGUGAGGAUGCUAUACAGCGGGAGGAGGAUAUGCGAAGGAUAUUGUUGAAUCGUGAUCAAAGUGAUGAGACAAACACCAACAGUGUCAUUCAAUUGAAUACCGAUUCCGAAGCUGAUCACAAACGUCGCCAUCAUCGCAUCCAGCGUCAGCAAUUGCACGAAUUGGAACUAGCACAACGAGAUGUAAAACGCCAACUAAACGAAUUGCAAUACCAUCGCAUCGGCGAACGUGUACGUAAUUUAGAAAUCGAACAACAUCGCAUUGCUGGCGCCAAUUUCAAUCUCAGUCGACAAAUCGCCAGUCUCGAUAAAUUGCAUACUUCGAUGCUCGAACUGCUGGAAGAUGUUGAAGGCUUACAAAAUAAAAUGGACAAAACAAUGCCGGAUGUGCGGCGUGAGAUUUCCAAAUUGGAAUUCAACACGGCACAAUUAAGCUCGGAACAGAGUUUGAUUCGUGAGGAGGGUCAGAAUGUGGCGCGUAGCGUUCAGGCGAUGGCUGUUAGUGUGAGUGCGCUGCAAGAGGAACGUGAUUCAUUCAAGGAUAUGCAAAUGAAUGUUGACACCUUGCGGAAAGAUGUUGAACGUCUGCAGAGCAUAACGGAAGUUCAAAAAUCAAUUGUUCAUCGGAGAAUUGAAAAGAUGGAAAUGGAAGCAAAACGGAAAGCAAUGCUUGCCUUGGAUCUGCAGAGAGUGAACAAGGCCGAUGCCAAUAUUGUGAUGGCCGACUACAAUGUCAACAAAAGCAAUAGCAGCAGCAGUAGAAAUGACAAUAACCGUCAGGCAAAUGCUGAGAAUAUUGAAAUUGCUGCACAAAAUUUAGUUGAGAAAUUGGAAUCCGUCGAAUUGCAAUACGAAUCGAUAAUCAACAAAUUGCCAAACGAUUGCAGCCAAGUGGAAAAAGCAACGGCAGCCAACUCCAAUUCGGCGGCGGUGGGCGGCACAACCGCCGCUACCUCGUCCGGUCUCUAUUUGAUUGCGCCUGCUGGCCAAAACAAACCGGUCAUGGCCCACUGCAGUGGUGACGGCUGGACGACAAUUCAGCGCCGCUUCGAUGGCAGCGUUGACUUCAAUCGCUCUUGGGAGGCAUACGCCAAUGGUUUUGGGUCACCAUCUGGUGAAUACUGGAUUGGCAAUGAGAUGCUUCAUCAUCUAACCGCUGACAAUUGCACCGAACUAAAAAUCGUCAUGCAGGAUAUCUAUGACAAUACGUGGUACGCCCAAUACAAGAACUUCUACAUUUCACCACGCGACGACGGCUAUCGGCUGCAUAUCAAGGGCUACAGCGGCAAUGCUUCGGAUGCGCUCGAUUAUCAAAAUGAGAUGCAGUUUUCGGCGAUAGAUGUGGAUAGGGACAUCUCGAAUACACACUGUGCUGCUAACUAUGAGGGUGGGUGGUGGUUCUCCCAUUGUCAGCAUGCAAAUUUGAAUGGUAGAUAUAAUUUGGGUUUGACAUGGUUUGACGCUUCCCGCAACGAAUGGAUUGCUGUGAAAUCAAGUCAAAUGUUAAUUACAAAACGUCAAAGCUGUAGCGUCGAUACCACCACGACUGUUGUCCGGCCGUCGUCGUCGUCGUCAAAUCAGAGCCAUCAUAAAAGUGCAGAUGCUUCAACAGCAACGAUGACGACGACGGUGACGGGGGCGGCGGCGCUAGUGUCGUCGUCGUCGUCGUCGUCAACGACGCCACUCACAGGUGCGGCGGUAUCGACGAGUAACAGUAAUGAUGAUGAAUAUAAUACGCUGACAAUAGUUAGUGGUAGGCGGGCUGUUGUGAUGAAAUCACCUCAAACAGCCGUAAUCACUAAUGCCGAACUUACUUAAGUAAGAACCACCACAAUCAUCGCAUCUGUAGUUUGAAGCGCAGUGUUUUUAAUUUUUUUUUUGUUAUUUUUUUUUUUUUACA